AUGUACGACGAUAGCCUUGACCCGCAGGUUCCCACCCCCCUGGAGCUCUCCCCAAUGGACCCCCCCCUGCCGUACUUGUCCCGGUGCGCGGGUCGGCUGUCUCCCCCCAUCACCGUUGGGGGCCGGCUGGAGCACAUCGUAGAUGGCAAUGCCAAUUUGCUGGUGAUGUUGUUGACUACAUACAAGUACGCACAUUUCAUGGUCGUACCGAGGAGAGGGGCGCUGCAUGUCGUACUGCAUGAACGGGCCGACCCACGGGACAUGGUGCAGGCCUACCUUCAGGCCUGCAUCCUGAGACGUCGUAUCCGCAACGACCAACCACUACCCGAUCCGGACGAGCAGAUUCCCGAGCUGCGUCUGGAGCUGCAGGAGAGCCUCGCGGCGGCGGAGCGGCUGACCACCAUCUUCAUGUCCACAAUCGAGGCGAAUGGCUGGACGGUGGCCAAGGUGGUGGUUGAGGCACGGAGGAGGCGGGCGAGGUGGAUGGAGCUCUUUGUGGGAGGUGUGCAGGACUUGACGACGCAGCAGCAGCAGCAGGGACGCCGGCAGGAACUUGCUACGCGGGCUUCUGGAAAAGUGCUGUUUCUCUAUCAAGUCCGCGGGUUCCCAGUUCGGGAAACCGCUCAAGACCCUAUCGCGGCCACACACACACCCCGGCAUUAUUGAGCAGGCAACGCAAAAGAGGGCCCCUCCAGACGCCACACCCCGGCGCGGAAACGCACGUCCGCGAGGGCGAUGCCGCCUUCUCUCCGGACUCAUCCGGAAUUCACCUCACUUCCCAAUGGCCAGACCGAUGGACAGCCAGAAUUAAGAGAUCACGCCGGGGGAUCUAACCCCCGGCAAUAAGGCCCUUCAAACAGCGGCAAAUAACGCUCACAUAUGAAAAAACAGCUUUACGUUGUUUUCUCUCUCCAUACAUAUCCAUAGCUCUAUCCAUCCACACUUGCACGGUACUGGCACAAACCCAAACACUGCCGGAAUGGUAUAUCAUAUCAUAUCAUAUUAUCUUAUAUAUGAAGCUGAAGCUCACAAAAAAGGCGACAUGUUGAGUACCAUUUACAGCCUUCC